GGGCGGCGGGCCGGGGCGCUCCCGCGGCGCUGGAGGCGGCAGGUUGCGGCGGCGCCCGGAGCUUGGCAGCAGCCAGUCCGCGUCCGCAUUCCGAAGGCCGGUGAGCGUCCAGGACAGGCAUGCUCUCAGGACUGGCGGCCAUGGAGCUGAAGGUGUGGGUGGACGGCAUCCAGCGCGUGGUUUGUGGGGUUUCAGAGCAGACCACCUGUCAAGAAGUGGUCAUUGCACUAGCCCAAGCCAUAGGCCAGACAGGCCGCUUUGUGCUUGUGCAGCGCCUCAGAGAGAAGGAACGGCAGCUGCUACCCCAGGAAUGCCCUGUGGGCGCCCAAGCAACCUGCGGACAGUUUGCCAGUGAUGUCCAGUUUGUCCUGAGGCGGACAGGACCCAGCCUUGCUGGGAGGCCCUCCUCGGACAGCUGCCCUCCCCCUGAGCGCUGCCCCAUCCGAGCCAGCCUUCCCCCAAAGCCUCGACCAGCACUGGACUGUGAGCCCUGCAAAGCACUGACCUUCAGCCUGGGGUGCCCUGGGCAGGCCCCCGGCCCUGUGCCACCCGAGCCUCUAGCUCCUGUAGCGCCGGUGCCAGGCUGCUGUGCAGACCUGCAGGGCCUGGAGCGAAGGGUGCGCAGGAACGCAGCAGAGCUGGGCCAGGAGGCCUUCUGGGAGCAGGAGCUGCGGCGGGAGCAGGCCCGGGAGCGUGAGGCACAGGCCCGCCUGCACGCACUGAGCGCAGCUACGGCUGAGCACGCGGCGAGACUGCAGGCCCUGGACGCCCAGGCCCGCGCCCUGGAGGCCGAGUUACACCUGGCUGCAGAGGCCCCUAGGUCCCCCUCGCCCACAGCGUCUGUGGCUGAACGCCUGCGCCAGGACCUGGCUGCCCAGGAGCGGCAAAGCAUGGAGGUGCAGGGCAGUCUCGCCCUGGUGGGCCGGGCUCUGGAGGCUGCCGAGCAUGCCCUGCAGGCCCAGGCCCAGGAGCUGGAGGAGCUGAACCGGGAGCUGCGUCAGUGCAACCUGCAACAGUUCAUCCAGCAGACGGGCGCAGCGCUGCCCCCGCCCCCACGGCCCGACGGGGACCCCGCUGGCACUCAGGAUCUUCUGCCUCCAGCCAGAGAAGAGCCCCUCAUGGGAGGCCCCCGGAGUCCGGCCCUUGUGUCCAGCCUGAGCCCAGAGAUUGCCCCCAUGAGGCAGAACUCCUUGAGGUAGCAGCUCUCACCCCAGAGUGGACGUCCACAGCCAAGGCCUGCCCAGCCUGGAUGACAGAGGCGAGCCCGUGGUCACAGAGGACUCCUUCCACCGUGCAGUGGGAAGCCCUGGAACCUGGAGCCUGAGAUGGGACACCUUGGAGCCCUAGGAUUCUUGCCGCAGGGUGCACAGAAAGGCUGAAAACUCUUGUCCUAGUCUUUAUUAAAUCUGCCAAGACCCUGGAGAAGCUAGGGGCAUGGCCAGCCCUGAGAUCAUAGCCUCCAAAGGCCACAGCUCUUUGUUGGGGACAGGAGGUGCACAGACCCUGUGUUCAACCUAUGGGUAUGUGCUUACAUGUGGGAGGUAUCCUUGCCCACAUCCAUGUGUACACUGGCUCCCUACCCCACCAUUAAAACCUCAAUAAACUGCCUCCCAUGGCUUGA